AUGCAGUCGCUCAACAUCACCGCUGCGCACCGGUCAGCCGCCUACCAGCCAACGCGCGUCAAGACGGGCUCGCAACCCGGUGUUGUCAAUCAAUCCAAGCCAUCGCAGCUUACGCCCGACGUCCAAAAGGAUCCCGUCUGUUCGCUGGACUUGCAGUCUCUCGCCAAGGAGCUGCCGGACACCGUCGAUCACAUGAGAGACAAGCAGCCAGCCAUCAGCAUCGAAGUCCUCAAGCCCAGCACUCUCACGGGGAAUCAUGACUACGCCGUGGAGAUGGCACUGCUUGCCAACCAGGUGCACACGGGCUUGCAAGCCCGAGUAGCCCCUGUCCCCAUCGAGGACUGCACGGGAGGCGUCUACUACCUACGAACGAAGAAUCGUCGCCUGACGGCCGUGUUUAAGCCUGCGGACGAAGAAGCGUACGCCCCCAAUAACCCCAAGCAAUUCCACAAGCCGGAGCAGACUUCGGGUGUCUCGGGCAUGCGCCAGGGGAUUUCUGCGGGUGAUGCUGCUGUGCGUGAAGUGGCUGCGUACUUGCUCGACCACCAGCGCUUCGCCAAGGUGCCAACGACCAUGCUGGCUUCCGUUUUCCACCCAGACUUCCACUACCAAGCUUCGGAGAGCCCGCACCGCAAGACUGGCGCGUUGCAGGCUUACAUCCCUCACCGUGACACGGCAGACGACGUCGGCACCGCCUUGUUCAGUACUGCGGACGUCCACGCCAUCGCCAUCCUCGACAUUCGACUCGCCAACCAGGACCGCCACGGAGGCAACAUCUUGGUGGUGGAGCCCGCCACGACGGUCAUUCAAACUACUGGAUCAGUGGUGAUGACCAAGUCUCAAGCUGGCAAGAAGGUGUCUCUCGUUCCGAUCGACCACGGGGCCUGCCUCCCACGCGUGUCGGCGCUCUCGGAGACCAGCUUCAUGUGGGUUCUGUGGCCCCAAGCCAAGCAGCCCUUCUCCUCUGCGGCGCUGCAAUACAUCGCUGCGUUGGACCCGCACCGCGACCUGCAGCUGCUCCAGGAUAACUUACCGGUAGAGUAUCAACUGGAGCAGGAGGCAGCGCUAACGUUGCUCGUCUGCACGGCGCUGCUGAAGUUCUGCGCGCUCGAGCUCGACAUGACCGCGUACGACAUUGGAACGCUCAUGUGCCGUCAAGGAACUGUCGCCCAGCAAGAGCUGAACCCGAGCGUACUGGAACUGCUCGUGUCUGCAACUCUGCGCGACCCCGCAGUGCUCAAGAGUGAGGCGUUCCUGAAGCUCCAAGAGAAGCAGAAGCCGCUGCAAAAGUCGGUGUCGAGCUCGGAUAAAGCGUGGACAAACUACGUCACCACGUUCAUGUCGACCUUCCGCCGGGAGCUAACGGCGCGGCUCGCCACCAAAUAG